AUUUUAUUUAAUAAAGACGUCAUUCUACGGAGUGCGGCAGUCCAGGAUAUUUUCUUAUCUUCUGGCUCAUCGGCUUAGAAAAUGUUCAAUCCACUAUAAUUUUUUGUUCCUUUCCCCCCCCCCACAGACCUCACUGCAGGCAGAAUACGGGGAGAAGUUCCUGGAGGCUCUGGAAAAGCUGCUUUGGGAAUUCCUCUAUCGGCUUCAGACGGCUCUUGAGCAAGAGGUCCCUAGAAGCAGAGAGCAGCCGCGCCUGCACAGAGAAGACAGCGUACGCACCCCCGUACUUCCCAUCUCGCAGAGUAAUUCAGAUAGGAGUGUGACGAUGAUGCAGCAGGACCGGAGUUAUCUCUUCCGCACCGAUUCGUCGGCCGAGGAACCCCACAAUGGCUUGCCAGCCUGGGGUAAGAGGCGUCAGAAUUGUCCGGGACCGGAUUCCGCCAGCAAGGGGGACGGCGACGACUCUGACCAAACCAUAAUUGAGCUGGAGGGUUCCCAGGAAACCAACCUCGCCCGAGUGCCAUCAGACCCCACUUGCAGCAGAAGAGCUUCGGAUCAAAUCAUAGCCGCGGAGAAAGGGCGCGCCACAUUUUUGGAUAUUUUCGGCUUUGACGGCAGCGAAAGUUCUGAAGUGAAUCGCGUUGAGCAUCUUUCUCCUCCGAACCCCCUACAGUCCCAGGAGGACGCGGGUCACGAUGCGUGUUCAGAAUUAGACCGCGGGGCAAAGAACAAGAGGAACAGCAGGGGAGGAACCAAAGUGACCCCGCCUAAAAGACACGCCCAUGAGCAGCGGAACACUACGUCUUGUGUCUCUGGGGAACGGAGUGAAACGCGUGGUGGGCACUUGCCUCAAGGAUUGACGUCUUGGAGGUUUCAACCGCAAGUCCACCUGAACCCGCUGCCUCCGGAUCUGGUGAGGAAGUAUAUUCACCGGCCCCCCGACUGCGCAGAAAGUGAUUCUCCUCCCUCGUCUGCGUUUUCUGGGCUGACGCAGAGCUCCUCCUCCUCGUAUAGCGGGCUGGUGGACUCUUCCGUUACUCCCGACGAUUACAGCAACGAUCCGGACUAUUAUCCAGGCGGCCAUGUUUGACACUUUGGGGACCAAUUUUAUCAAUUUUAAUCAACCUGAAAGAUUAUUGAUUUGCACAACUAGGGAAAAAAAAAAAUGUUGCGGGUAGAUUAUAAAAAUGUGAAAAUGUUGGGGUUCAUCCGCAGAAGGGGCGACUCCCUGAUCAAUAUUCCUACCUCACACGUUUCCUGGCAAAUAGGGCUCAAAAAUUGGUGGGCACUGUCUGCAACGAUUGCCAAUUGGGUUCUGGAAACGCCAAACAAGCGUAGAUAUUCGCCAGAACACCACGGAUCGUCAAAUUACGUCCAAAAGUUUUUAUUGGGGGGG